UGCGGUUACUUCGAAUAGUUGUGUUUGUUACAGUGAAGAUACUAUCUGCACAAAAUGAAAAGUCUCGUGCUUUGCGCCUGCGUUUUCAUACUUGCUUUUCAGUUGUCUGACUCAUCAGAAUUAAGAAAACAAGUUAAAGAUACAAUAUCAAAUGCAUUUGAGAGUAAUAUUCGAGAAUGCAUGACUGAAAACAAUGCGACUUAUGGUGACUGGUACAAUUUGGAAGAUAUGACGGCUAAACUGUAUACCAACCCCGAAAAUGAAGAAAGAACAAGAAGAGUUGGUUGUUGGAUUGCGUGUAUCACGAAAAAGUUAAAUUUGAUGGAAGACGGAAAUGUUAAAGAAGCGGAAGUUCAUGAAAAACUAGAUUUAAUAUUUCAUACUGUUGAUGAUGAAAAAGGCGCAGUACAUAGAAUUAUACGUAAAUGUUUGAAAGAAGUGAGAGUUAUUACGCAAGAAUGUGAAAAAUGUUUUUCCUUCUUAAUAUGCUUUAAUAAAGAAGUACAUGAUUAUAUGAAGCAGCAAGAAGAAAAUAAAAGAGAAGAAGAUAAAGGAGAAGCAGAAAUAGCACAAGCUGAAUAAGUACAAUUAAAUAUCAAAAUUGAAAUAUUAUUUGUAAUAAUGCAAGGCUAGGUGUAAUAUAAAUAUA